AUGACCAGCUGGCAAUUGCAAGAAGCCAAGAACCGGUUCAGCGCCGUUGUCGAGGCCGCGCUCACCGGAGAGCCCCAAGAAGUCACACGCAGGGGCAAGCCGGUCGUAGUGGUACUGGCCUUUGAGGAAUACCAGAGGCUGCGCGAAGCCAAGGCCGGGGACACACCCUCAUUUGUGGACCAUCUGCUGACCAUCCCGAAGGGCACCGAAGAAGACGGCUUUGAGCUACCCGAGCGUACCAAGGACUACACGUCCAAGGCCAUAGAGAUCUGA